CAUGCCCCCAAGUAAUGGUAUAUAAUAAAGGGCAGCUAUUUAGUUAGGAAAUGGCAUUCCUAUGCCUCUAUGUGUGUUCAUCCACAUGCAAGCUUUGAUGAAGCGAUGAACCGGGGGCCGAUGAUGGACCUGUGACCCACAAGAAAACAGAGUUCCCAAAUGGCAGAGCAGUCACCAAACGGCGAUGUAGAAACAAAAGAAGUUGAACAGCAAGACCAGGUUGUCGAUCCAUGGAGCGUCUCUGGAGGCGCGGACGGACGAAUCGACUACAACAAGUUGUUAGAGCAGUUUGGCUGCUCGAAGCUAACUGAGGACCUAGUCGAGAGGGUAGAGCGGCUCACCGGGCGGCCAGCGCACCCCUUCCUCAAGCGCGGCAUCUUCUUCGCGCACAGGGACCUCCAAGAGAUCCUGGACUGCUACGAGAAGGGCAUCCCGUUCUACCUGUACACGGGUCGGGGCCCCUCCUCCGAGGCGCUGCACCUGGGCCACCUGGUCCCCUUCAUGUUCACCAAGUACCUGCAGGACGCCUUCAACGUGCCGCUGGUCAUCCAGCUCACGGACGACGAGAAGUGCCUGUGGCGCGGACUGGACAUUGAUGAGGCGCGGAGGCUGGCGCGGGAGAACGCCAAGGACAUCAUCGCAUGCGGCUUCGACGUGUCUAAAACCUUCAUCUUCUCCGACUUCGAGUACGUGGGCGGCGCCUUCUACCGCAACAUCAUCCGCAUCCAAAGAUGCGUGACCAUGAACCAGGUUCGCGGCAUCUUCGGCUUCACGCCCGAGGACAACAUUGGCAAGAUCGCCUUCCCAGCCGUGCAGGCGGCUCCCUCCUUCCCCGACUGCUUCCCACACAUGUUUGGGCAGCGCAAGGACAUCCGCUGCCUCAUCCCCUGCGCCAUCGACCAGGACCCCUACUUCCGCAUGACCCGCGACGUGGCUCCCCGCAUCGGCCACCUGAAGCCGGCGCUCAUCGAGUCCAAGUUCUUCCCGGCGCUGCAGGGCGAGAGCGGCAAGAUGUCCGCCAGCGACUCCAACUCCGCCAUCUUCGUCAACGACACACCAGCGCAGAUCAAGGACAAGAUCAACAAGUACGCCUUCAGCGGCGGCGGCGCCACCGUGGAGGAGCACCGCGCCAAGGGGGCCAACCUGGCGGUGGACGUGCCCUGGAAGUACCUCAACUUCUUCAUGGAGGACGACGCCAAGCUGGCGAACAUCGGGCAGGAGUACGGCGCAGGCCGCAUGCUGACGGGCGAGAUCAAGAAGGAGCUCAUCACGGUGCUCACGGACAUGGUGUCCCGCCACCAGCGCGCGAGGGCGCAGGUGACGGACGACGUGGUGGACGCCUUCAUGGCGGUGCGACCCAUGCCCUGCGUGUAGGGCGGGCUAUGCCAUGCGUUUGGGCAGCCAGGCGUGGCGGUGGCUAGUGCGGCAGCUUCGAAUUAGUGGAGCUCGGUGCCUGAUGGUAGUUGCGCUGGGGGGCGAGCGGGUGAUGGAUUAGGUGGGUUUGCGCCCUGGCUGCUUUUGUUUGUGGUGCGACUGUAGUAAGCGAUGCUUGGAGCUGGGAGUUAGCGCAGGGGGUCUGAGCUUAGCAGGAUGUAGUGGUGGGGUUGCCGUGCGUUACUGCUCUGUUGUGCGCAAACAUGCUGGGGUCUUAUGCGCUUGGCAGGGCUUAUGCAGGGGGCCGUGUGAGAGGAUGGGCAAAUCGGAGAAGCAUGGGGCCGUGUAGGGAAUGGGUGUUGGUAGGAUUAGUCAGGAUGGCUGACGGGUAUGAAGCAGCUGGAGAGCGAAAGAGAGAGAAAGUCCUGCAGCUUCUUCCGCUGCUUAUACGGCUUAUGAGCUGCGUGCGUUGAUGCUAGUACAGGUACAACAUCAAUUUGGUGCUUGGCAGUGACGAUGGCAGCAUUGGUCUGUGUGAUUAACGUAAACGCAAGUCCAGGCCAGGCGGCUCUGGCAUCCAAACUGUCCGCGGCAUACUUGCUUUGCAAGCAACAGAAGCCAACGAACAUGUCGUGUAAGUGCAAGGCUGUGCGUUUUACUUGAGGUCGGAUACAGGUG